AUGAAGAUGGAGAAACAGCACUUCAUAUUGCAGCACGGCGUAAUAGUAAAGAAACUGCCGAACUUCUUAUUUCACAUGGUGCAAAUAUCAAUGAAAAAAAAUGAAGAUGGAGAAACAGCACUUCAUAUUGCAGCACAGCGUAAUAGUAAAGAAACUGCCGAAGUUCUCAUUUCACAUGUUGCAAAUAAUGUUCUUAUAUAA